AUGGACCUGCUCGAGUCUACCACCUUGACGUCCCUUGUGACCGACCUGAUGAGACAAAAUAAGAUUCCUGGUCUAUCGAUUGCCGUCAUUCACCACGAGGAGAUCGCCUCAAAAGGCUACGGAAUAGCCAGCUAUGAAACCAACAUGCCUUGCACUGGAGACACGCUGUUUGAUAUCGCCUCAUGUGCAAAGUCCCUGACUGCUGCCUCUGUGGCGCUACUUGUCGAGGACAAGGAUUACCCUGAGGUGCAAUACGAAGCGCUAAUGUCCCAUCUCCUACCCGAUGAUUUUGUCAUGGCAGAGAAAAGCUAUACUGAUGGUGUAACCGUGGAAGACAUUAUUAGCCAUAGGACAGGUAUGGCUUGCUAUGUCUUCCUUCAUGACAAUGCCUUCAUGGGCCCCAACGCCACCCAUCCAGAUAACGCAAAGUCCAUCACAAGGAAUCUGCGAAACCUCAAACCUGCCGCACCUCUACGCUCGCGAUAUCUCUAUUGCAAUCAGAUGUACACCGUGGCCACACAUCUCGUGGAGCACAAGUCCAAGAAAAGCUUCUCUAGAUUUUUGGACGAGCGCAUUUUUGCGCCUCUUAACAUGGCUUCAACAACCUUACAACCGACAAGUGCCCACGCCAAGGGCUGGAGCGAUAGAAUGGCAAAAGGCUACAUCUGGCAAAACGAUGCAUGGCGCGGAUUUGAUCCUCAAGACUGUCCUGAGGGACAGGGUGCAGGGUCUGUUAUUUCGAGCGCGAAUGACUUCAUCAAAUGGGUAAAAGCGUUGUUGUAUCGUGAAGGCCCAAUCAAUGAUAGAGUGUACCAGGGUCUUACUAAGAUGCGCUCUAUUGUGAACCCGAAUGCGAGGAGGCUCAAGCCACAUACUACACCAGCUAUUUAUACUGCUGGUAUGGAGAUGUAUUACUACCGUGGGAACAUGAUUAUUGGUCAUGAUGGUACUAUACCCGGUUUCCGGAGUCGGUUCAUAUUCAUGCCUGAUCUGAAGUUCGGUGCUGUUGUGUUGGGGAAUUCUGCUGGAGCUGGUGGUGCGUCCACGACAAUUAUUAGGGCGUUGAUGGAUGAGAUUCUUGGGGUGUCUAUGGAACAACGGCCAUUACAGAAUCCAAAAGAGAGAAAGAAGGAAUAUAAACAAAAGAAGGACCUUGCAACUCGAUUGAAAGUGCACCAUAAUGACCGAAAAGAAGGUCAACCGAAAGACCAACAACCAGGAUACCCAAGAGAGCCAUUGGAAAGCAACAAAACCAAGAAAACAAACCAACCACCACAAGGGCAAAAGAAGCAAAGCAAAAAUCCAGUGCAUCAUGAGAAGCUUCCUCCACCUCCUCAAAGAACGCCUCUAGAAGCCUAUGUGGGCAGAUUCUGGAACGCAGGGUAUCGAGCUAUGAUAGUUACAAUCAAAGAUGAUGAUCAGCUUUACAUAGAUGCCACGGAUCGCUCGAACGGGUUUACUAUGACGUUUGAGCAUGUCAAGAAUCAGACCGAGUACAUUGCGCAUGUGAGGGAUGUCAUUGAACUUGAAGACGAGUCGGUUGAUGCGAGAUUUGUGUUUGAGAACGGCAAGGUUGUGAAGAUAGGACUGGAUUUGGAGCCGGCCAUUAGAGAGAUGAUAUGGUUUGAACGAGAUGACAACGGCUUUGGAGUGAUAUGA